GGCUGGCGUCAGGUGGGCGGGCUGGCAUGUUAUGAAUAGUUAAUAGGCUUUGUCCCAGCUGAGGCUUCAGUUGGAGGAAGAGAGGGAUCUGAGCUGUCCUUGCUGAUCCUUGGGACCCUCCUGCCACAGACUAAAAGAAGAUGGCCAUCGAAAUCUGACCCUUUUCUCGCUUUACCAACACCGUGCGCAGUAUUUAACUUCUAAAAAAUUAUCAAAUAACAAAAAAAUCAAAAAUGUCUGUUAGCAAUCACGAGAACCGCAAAUCCCGUUCCAGCACAGGGUCUAUGAACAUCCAUCUUUUCCACAAGCCUGGCCAUGCUGACAGCCUUCUAACACAGCUGAACCUCCUUCGCAAACGGUGCCUUUUCACAGAUGUAGUCUUGCUGGCAGGAACCAGAGGCUUCCCUUGCCAUCGGGCUGUACUAGCUUCCAGCAGCCGUUACUUUGAGGCAAUGUUCAGUGGUGGUCUAAAAGAAAGCCAAGAUAGAGAAGUCAACUUCCAUGAUGCGCUGCAUCCAGAGGUGCUGGAGUUGCUUCUGGAUUAUGCAUACUCUGCAAGGAUUAUCCUCAAUGAAGAGAACGCAGAGUCAUUGCUUGAAGCAGGAGACAUGCUACAAUUCCAUGAUAUUAGAGAUGCAGCUGCAGAGUUCCUAGAGAAGAAUCUACAUGUAGGCAACUGCUUGAACAUGUUGUUAAUAUCUGAUGCACAUUGCUGUGAAAGGUUGGUCGAAUUAUCCUGGCGAAUGUGCCUAUCCAAUUUUGUGGAAUUGUCAAAAACAGAAGACUUCCUCAGGUUACCAAAGCUAAAGCUGAUGGAACUCGUCCUUAGUGAGGAACUGGAGGUGGAAGAUGAAAGUUUAGUGUAUGAAGCUGUGAUGGGUUGGAUAAAGUAUGAUUUGUGCCUCCGUUUUGAUGAUCUACCAGACCUAUUGCGCUGUGUUAGGUUAGCUCUUCUUCCAGAGCAGUAUUUGCGAAGUCUAGCCACAGAGAGCUUAGUGGUUCAAAAUAAGGUGGCAAAAGUAAUUGUUGAAGAAGCAACGCAGUGCAGGAACAAGAUUCUGCAGAAUGAUGGCUUAGUAACUGGGUUUUGUGCUCGCCCUCGAAAAGUCAGCCAGGCCCUGCUGCUGUUAGGUGGACAAACCUUUAUGUGUGAUAAAAUCUAUGUGAUGGACCCAAAGACCACUGAAAUAAUACCUAAAACUGACAUUCCUAGUCCACGUAAAGAAUGUAGUGCAUGUGCAAUUGGAUGCAAGGUUUAUGUUACCGGAGGAAAAGGGGCAGAAAACGGUGCAUCGAAGGAUGUCUGGGUGUAUGAUACAUUACACGAUGAAUGGUCUAAGGCAGGACCCAUGCUUGUUGCUCGGUUUGGACAUGGAUCAGCAGAACUAGAUAACUGCUUGUAUGUGGUUGGAGGACACACGGCAAUCACAGGAGCUUUUCCAGCAUCCCCUUCAGUCUCCCUAAAGCAAGUGGAACAUUAUGAUCCCCAUGGUGACAAAUGGAGCUUAGUAGCUCCUCUUCGAGAAGGGGUCAGUAAUGCUGCAGUUGUAGGAGCAAAGAUGAAACUUUUUGUUUUUGGAGGUACCAGCGUCAACCGUGAAAAACUCCCCAAGGUUCAAUGUUUUGAUCCACUCGAAAACAGAUGGACAGUUCCUGCUACCUGCCCCCAGCCCUGGCGGUACACUGGAGCUGCUGUUUUAGGCAAUCAUGUCAUCGUUGUGGGAGGUGACACAGAGUUCUCUGCAAGUUCAGCCUACCGUUUUAACAGUGAGACUUAUCAGUGGUGCAGAUUUGGAGACAUUUCUUCAAAGAGGAUUAGCUGCCGUGCAGUUGCCUCUGGCAAUAGACUCUAUGUAGUGGGUGGGUACUCUGGAUCCCAGAGGGGAAAGACUUUGGACUGUUAUGACCCUUCGAGCGAUACAUGGAGUAGUGUGACCACAGUGCCCUAUUCUCUGAUCCCAACAGCCUUUGUCAGUACAUGGAAAUAUCUCUCUGCUUGAACCAGAAGAGUAUCCAGAAUCCUUUCCCUGGUGAAUGAGAACAGCGCCGUGAUGGGAGUUUCCUGUAAAUCAAGGUUGUUGCUAAUGUUUGCCCGGAAACCAACAACGGCAACAGAUGUCUAUCUGUAUUAUCAGUGUUAAAAAGUGAAAACGCACCUCUACUCACCUGUUUCAUGCAUUAAUGACUUGUACACUUCCUAGAACUUUGUCAUUUUAUAUUAAAAUGACUUUCUUGAGAGUGAAUGUUAAAAUUUUGAAAUCUCUCACGGAACGGAAAAAAUAACUGUUUUCCUAAGUACAUUCCUAUAAAGUCCGGGAAAACUUUAUACAGCUGUGAUGUUUUUGUUUUUUGUUUUUUUACAUAUUGAAUUUUGAGAAGACAAUUUUGUAGUAGUGAUUUUUAAAUGACCUCUUGUGAACCUAGUAAAUAGUAAAUUUUGAAGCACAUAAGAUAUAAUCCAUCACCUUUUUUUACUUUCCAGGAACUUGGCUUAACUGACAAAAAUACAUUCCAUUCAGAAAUUAAAAUAAAACUGACUCAUGCAGGGAAUAGAGCCUUCCUUCCCAGCACCUCGCUUGUUGUCCAGACUUUUAGUCUUAAGCUGGCCAUUGAUGGAUUGAUAUUCGACCAGUUCAGAAGGAACAGGUUUAAUUGAACAGUCUUGUUGGAUCAUUUUUGUUCGAUUAGCGCUAUAUUAUUGUAUUCAGACAAUAGAGAAGUUGCUGCUGUCAGAAUAGAAUAACCUAGCAGGGAGAAUUCCUCCAUCCACUUUGAUUGUGUGGAUGGAGGAAUCAGUUCUGUUUUUUUUCAAUCAGCCUGCCUCUCACAUUGAACUUCCUUUAUUUACUUCCCAUUGGCUGGUUAAAUAUACCAUUAAAAUUGUGUUUUAAUUUAGCUUGAUAAGCACAAAUAAAAACAAUGAUUCUUUUAGAUAUUCAUAGCUUUUUGUGUCCUGUCCGCUCUGCCCAUUUUAUUUGAAGGAGUCUAAUCAGCCCUCCCAGUUCUUAUCUAGGACUAAAGAACAAUUCACUUCUAUCUUGUGGACAUGGGGAGAAGAGUAGGUAUUUUUAAGUUUAGCAAAGACAACUGGGCAGUGCUGACACCAUUCCUUGCAAUUUCAGUUUAGCAAAUUUCAUUAGCCCACAACAGGAACUAGGAGCUAGGUGCAUUUCUGACAAAAUCAACAGGAAUUUUUCUGUACAUGCAGGUGUUUAUCCCAAAGGAUAAAACAUGGGGAAAUGUGUAGUUUUUUUUUAAUGCCCUUGCAUACACCAGUUCAGCCUGUAUAGAUUCCUUGGAAACUUUAAGGACUCAUUUAAGGGCAUCACGUUGUCAUAAUCCAGUCUGUUUCUGCCCUCAGGAAUCACAGGCGUUUGGGUACAGCUGUGGCCAGCAGCCUGUUUAAGUUAAUGACAGGUUGACUGUGGUUGUACACAUCUGAGCAGUUACAUGCGUACAGGGAUGGUUGAGUGGCAUUGGACAAACAGUUUGUGUCCAGGGUUGGUCAUAUGUCCCCGUAUGCAUGGAACCAUAUGGAUACACAUACAACUUUGGUAUCUAUAAGCCUGUCAUUGAUUUGUACAGGCUGCUGGUUGCUACUCCUAUGUGAAUGAGCCUUCAUACUAACAUACUGUAUGCCACUUUUACUUUUAGGAUGUUGGAUUUUUGAGUCAUUAAGAUUAAUAUUCAAACAUGCUAGAAAACAAGGUAGACUGUAUUCUUCUGGUUCAAAGUCAACAAUUCCCUUUUUUAAUUACUAUUAUGUGAAGGGGCCAAACAACUUUUUUUUGUAUAUCAUGACUUCAGAAUGGGCUCACUUUUCCUAGGGCUUGUAAUAAGAGAUUUUGCUCUUUAUGCAGUAACACAUGAUGUGAAAAUACAUUUGUAUUUUAGUAGUCAUGGAUAAGUAGACACACUAAAGCACAAAAGGAAUUCUGUAGUGAGGUGAAUAUGUCGGAAUAUAUAAAUGUCUGGUUGUCACGCUGAUCUUAGAGCUUUACUACAUUACAUCAUGCACCUGAAACAAGCAGUUCUGACUUCACUGGCUGUAAAAGUGCGCAUGUGCAUUAUUGUUGUGCGGUAAUGCGCUGCAAUGCACAAUACAUGAGUUGUGGUGCUUUUCGUUUGGAAUGGCACCCGGAUACACUAAGGCAACACAACUGUGUUGCAUUGGCAGCCCAAUUAUUUUUAAUGUGCUGCCCUAAUGCAACACAUGUUAGUUAACGCUUGGCAAAACUGUAAAUAGUGAUGUAGAAUAAUAAGGCCAAACAGCUGACAUAUUCAGAAGAAGGUUGGGAAGGCAACCUCUGGAAUUCUCAGAACAUUAUGAUUACUAUUGUUACUUUUCUGUUUCAAUAAUUUGUAACAAGUAGCUAACAUGCCAUUGUUCUGCCCACGAAGGCAUUGACAGAGGUACCAAUAGUUAGCAUACAUAAAUAAACAAAAUGCAUCAGUGUGAAAAAGAGAACUGAUGUAGGUCUUAUCAUAAUGCCCGGAAGGCCAAGGGAUCCUGGGGAGUUUCCCUAUAGCGGGGUAUGAGCAAUCACUAUCGUUGCUUUUCAGUGCACAUUUCAUGAAUUUGCACAAUAACAACCAAUUCAAUAAUUUUUUAUUGUCUAGUAUUUAUAUUGCAUGUGAUUGUUGCCAUUUGAUAGAUAUUUCAUUGUGUGGCUUAAAAAUACCUGGUAUUUCUGCUAAUUCUUUAUCACAGUUGAUAGGAGAAUUAUCAGACGUGUGGUCCGAUAGUAGGGUUGAUUUAUUAAAGGAGUAGAACAUGUUUACUAACAAGGUGAAUUUAAGUGAAAAUUCAAUUCACAAAAAAUAUUUAAUCAUGUGCAAGGAAAACGUAUUUGCUUGCUUGCACGUGAUUGGGUAAUUAAAGUCAGUACAGCUUCAUUCCAUUCACAAAGCUUAGUACAAAUUCACUUUGCUAUUCUUUUAGUAAAUGAACUCCAAAGACUAGAUGCAUAUAUUCACUUUACUAAAAAAAGAUGCAGAGAUGUCAAAUGUUCUUCUAAUUAUUUUUCAAAUGAAAAGUUCCAUUCUGACACAAACAAGGCAAGCAACAACAUCUGACAUAUGUCAUGUGAGGUCUGCUUUAGGGUUUGUGUCUAUGGGCUUUUGUUUGUGUCAGAUGGGUUUUGCAUUCCCAUACAUGUCUAGGGCAAUGCAAAACCCAUACAGCAAACACCAGCCUACACUACAGGUUUGCUUAAUGUCCUAAAAAAAUAAUAAUUUUACAGAACAUUGCAUACUCUUACAAAUCCUAGUCUACAAUUCUGUUGGCUGACAAACUACCGUAAUUAACAAGCUACCAAGAAAUAAGCAUUUAAAUAUUUGGUGUUUCUCAUUGUGUGCAUAGAAAAAGAAAAUGUCUUUGUAUAUUUAAUAUUUCUUUCAGCCUGGAGCUGAUAUUUGUCAAUAAAAAGAAUGAAACUGUU